CGAAGUUUGUUUCCUUUUAUCAUUCAUGUUUGCGUCAGUCUUUUGUCAAAAUGUGUCAUGUUUGACCAAACUUUUCAGCGUCUCAUGGUGUUCCGGUUCGUUUUUAAAUGUUUGUCAAAGGAUCAGAUCUGAAUAUGUCGUCACCAGGACAGAAAUACACAAGUCGUCUGUGAAGUCUUGAGCUGCCCAGCUGUGCGUUAUUGACUGUGGUUUGUCAACAGACUGGAUGUGAACCUGUGACCCCUGGUUGCCUGGGAGACAGUGGUGGGGCCAUGGCUGCUGGGGCUUCAGCAGGGGAGAGCCAACUCCAGAGGAUUAUCAGAGAUCUGCAUGAUGCUGUUGCAGAGCUAGCAAAGGAAUACAGAGAAAGUGGGGAGCCAAUCACCGAUGACAGUACCAACCUGCACAAGUUCUCCUACAAACUGGAGUACCUUCUGCAGUUUGACCAGAAGGAGAAAACCACAUUUCUUGGUACGAGGAAAGACUAUUGGGAUUACUUCAGCGACUGUUUGGCUAAGGUCAAAGGAGCCAAUGACGGCAUCCGCUUUGUAAAAUCCAUCUCUGAGCUGAAGACUCCUCUGGGGAAAGGCCGAGCAUUUAUCCGUUACUCCCUGGUACAUCAGCGACUGGCUGACACCCUGCAGCAGUGCCUGAUGAACCAGAGAGUCACCAGUGACUGGUACUAUGCAAGAAGCCCCUUCCUGAAGCCCCACCUCAGUGUUGACAUAAUCAAUCACCUGUACGAACUCAAUGAGGUCCAGUUUGAUGUGGCUUCAAGAGGUUAUGAUCUCGAUGCCUCCUGGCCUACUUUUGCAAGGCGAACACUUGGAAGUGCAAACUCACCCGGUCACAUGUGGAAACCACCCAGUCGUAGUUCAAGCAUUAACAGUUUGGCUAGCACCUACUCCCAGCAAGCACCCGAGUUCCCCUAUAGCCCUGACUAUGGCCAGGGUCUACUGAAUGACCUGAAUGAGUCUCUGCCUGCUUGCGCAGAAGAUGACAGCACAGUUGAGGACCUUCGUCUGGAGCUGGACCAGUCAGAGCUGAACCAGCGAGAGCUCCUGGACAAGAUGAAACAGUUGGGUGAGGAGGCUGCUGAGCUCAGGGGGGUCGUUGUGGAGCUCCAGAGGCAGCUGGAUAUGUCUCUCGCUGCCCAAGAGGAGCAGCAGGGACUGCAGGGAGAACUCAAAGCUCUGCAGGGGAGAGAGAAGGUGCUGUCCAGAGAGUUGGAUGCACUCAGGACUAAGGAAAAAGACAGAGAGGCUGAACAACAAAUGCUUCAGGAAAAGCUGGCAGCUGCUGAAGGGAAGAACCUAGAGCUCCUGGCCAAGUUGGAUGGGGUUCUGAAUGAGAAGGGCCAGCAGGCAGCCAGUCACUUUGAUUCAGCACAGAAGAUACACGAGCUGCUGGACAGAUUAAAAGAGGCAGAGAAAGGGAAGAUGGAAGCUGUAGCUAAGGUAGAGGAGAAUAAGAGACAGACAGAGAGGCUAGAGGAUGAGCUGAGAGUCAAGGAAGAAGCUGCAAAGACUGGUGAAACAAAACUUGGAGCGUUGGUUACCUCUGUGUCCGAGGAGAAGGCAAAGUUAGAGGCAAAAGUGGAGGAACAGUGCAGUGCACUUGAUAAGCUGCAGGGAGCCUUGACAGUGAGAGAGAAGGAGGCGAGCAACCUCCAAAGGCAGCUGCAGGACCUCCAAAGAUCCCUGGAACAGAAGGAGGAGGAGUUUGAGGAGGUGAAGAGGAGGACACACCAAAAUAAAGAUGAAAUGCAGAAGAACGCUGAUGCAUUAAAGGAAUCUUUAGGUGCAGAAGUCAGUGCACUUAAAGAGCAAGUACAUAUAAAAGAGGCAGAGCUAACCUCAAGCUACGAGACACUAGAACAGCUAAAGACCAAGAACCAAAGCCUGACCACAGAGAAGGACAAACUGACCUCUAACCUUGCUGAGCUGGAGGGUAAUGUUAAGGAACAGGCUAUGAAGAUAGAAGACUACAAGACCCAGUGCGGCAAUCUAAUGGAGCUCUAUGAGAAACUACUGGCCUCGUCAAAGAGAAAUGAAGAGCUGAAGAAGGAGAUGGUGGAAAAAAGAACUGCGCUUGAAGCUGAACUAGCAGCUCUUAGGGCCUCUGAGAAACAGCUUCGGGGUCAGCUUGAUGAUACCAAGAUGACAGUGGAUGAGAAAGAGAAGCGCCUGCGUGAAGAGAACCGCAAGCUGGAUGAGAAUCUGCAGCGAGCAACCAUCGCCGCAAAGCUCUCAGAGGACACAUCGAAACGGCUGGAGCAGGAGAACCAGAGUCUGAGAGAGGAGCAGGACAAGGUGAAGGCAGCUCUUAGCCGCAUGCAAGCUGACCUGAAGAGUGUCCAUGGGCAAAUUGGAGAUUUGGAGCAGAACUUAGGAGUGUCGCGCAAGAAUGAAGCAAGCCUUCAAGAGCAGCUUCAAGCCAAAGAGGCACAGCUACAGAGUAAAGAGAAGCACUGUGUUGAGCUGCAGUCCAGGUUAAAAGCUGUUGAGGCCAGGGAGAAGGAGGUGGAGAUUGCCAAAGCUGAUAUAGAAGCAAUUUUGGUAAAACAGACAGAAGUUAUUGAAAGGGUCACCUCUGAGAAGCAGGUAAUGGAGAGAUCUCAGCUGGAGAGGAGUGCAAUCCAAGUAAAGGAGAACAAGGGAGUAAGCAAAAAACUGGCUAAGGUUGAGAGCCAGUUGGAAGUGAGCAUGAAAGAUGUAGCAAGGCUUCAGGGAGAGAUGCUUGACCUCAGGGUGCAGACACAGAGAUGUGAGGAGGAAAAGCUCAAAUCAAGAACACAAUUGGAGGUGACAGAGGCCCAAAGAGAUGAACUCAGGACUCUGACUGAGCAACUUAAAGCCCAGACAGAGGCUCUCAAUCAGAGGCAUAUAAUGGAGCUCAUGGAGUGCAAAAAGACAGAAGCGUCGCUGAUCGAGCAGCGUGAUCGAGAAGUAGCCGCCCAUGCCGAGUUGGUUAUCUCUUCUGCGGCCCUCAGAGAACAGCUGUCGACCCUAAAGGCAGAAAAUGACAAGUUAGUCUCAGACAACAACGAGACACGAGAGGGUCUGCACAGGGCGAACACAGAAAUGGCCGAGCUGGGGAUCACCAUCUGUAAGCUAAGUGCAGAAAAAGAGGAGGCCAGAGAGUAUUUGGUGGGGGAUGCCGCCAAGAUUGAAGAGUUGGAAGAAGAAGUGGAGCGGCUGGGAGAGAGCAUGUCAGAACUACGUCUUGAGAAUAACAAACUUAGAGAGGAGCUGAUGCAGAAGGAGAAACUUCCAGACGCAAUAGUGGAGCUCCGGGAGCAGCUGGAAAAAGCCCAGAAACAAUUGCAGAGUGUGAAGGACUCUAGCCGAGAGGAGGCGGGUGCCAUCAAGUUCCAGUUGAGCUCUGAGAGCAUGAAUUAUCAGGUCCAGAUGAAGAGUUUGAAUGAGCAGUUGGAGAAGGUCAAAGCCCAGCUGCACAAGGAGGGGAAGAACGUGUCCAGCUUGCAGGCCAAAGUGUCUGAACUAGAGGCUGUGAAUGAGCAGUACUUGCGUCUGAGUGGCGAGAAAGAUGCUCACAUCACAAACAAUGAAACAACCAUUCGUGACAGUGAGAGUGAGAUUCAGCAGCUAAGAAAUGCCGUAACCAGGGCUGAAGAAGCACACUCGGCUGUGCUGAAGGUCUCCGAGGAUUUGAAGCAGAGACUCAACACAACAGAAGCUGCCAAACAAACCGAGUGCCUCAAACUGACUGCAGAGGUCGAUGACCUUAACAGAACCAAGACUAACCUCGAGGAACGGCUCAUUGAGCUCAUAAGGGAUAAAGAUGCUCUGUGGCAGAAGUCAGAUGCUCUGGAGUUUGAACAGAAACUUCGAGCAGAGGAGCGCUGGUGGUCAGAUAAGGAGAGCACGCACUGCCUCAGCUGUCACGGUCAGUUCACCUGGUGGCUCCGCAGACAUCACUGCAGGCUUUGUGGUCGCAUCUUCUGCUACUACUGCAGCAACAACUUUGCAAUGACCAAGCACAGUGGGAAGAAGGAGCGCUGCUGCAAGGACUGUUACACGCAGCACAGCGCUGUGGUGGAGAGGUUCACAGAGGCAGAGCUGAGUCUCUCAGAAAGUGAGCCUCCACCACCAGGAGCUGGGCCUCAGCCCCCUCCUGAACCUGCUCCAUAUAAACCCAUACCAAGGGUAACAGUUUCAGACCCCAUGCCCAGAGCUGAUGAUGGAGCUUUUGAUAUAAUCACAGAAGAGGAAGUGAACGGCGUCUACGACAGUGACACCACCUCCCAGACUACAGGAGGCUCUAUGGAGGGAGAACAAGACAGACAGGCUUCAGGAAGGCUGGAUAUCACAGGAGAUGUGACACCUGAUGAUCCUGAGGAUCAGAUAUCCACUGUUCAGGAUUCAGAAAUCAACCUUCUCAGAUCAGGAGAAGUCACGGUUGCGGUCCCUCUCAGCAUUGAAGAUAUUUCUCAGUUCGGCGAUGGUUCCAGGGAACUUUUUAUCAAGUCCAGCUGUUACAGUGUGAUCACUGUUGCUGUGGGUGACUGCGGGCCGACCAUCAGCUGGGUGUUUUCCUCUGAACCCAAGAGCAUCUCCUUCAGUGUGGUUUACAGGGAAUCUGCUGAGACUCAGGUGGAUCAGUCAAAGGUCCUGAUUCCUCUCACUCGCUGUAAUUCCCAUAAAGAGACAAUUCAGGGGCAGCUGAAGGUCAGACAUCCUGGUCUCUACACGCUUAUCUUUGACAACUCCUUUUCACGGUUUAUCUCCAAGAAAGUCUUCUAUCAUCUGACCAUGGAGAAGCCCAUCAUCUAUGAUGGAAGUGACUUUCCCUGAGACGCUUCUGCAGAGGCAUCAGCGUGAUGUCACAAAGACACUAUCAUGAUGUCAAUGUGGAAACACACUAAAAAUGGCAAUUUAAGGACUGUUUCAAACCUAAUACCAGGAAUUACUAUCGUGUCAAACACAUGUUUUUACCCAAGUUUAUCAUGAUUUAUGUUUUAAAUGAGUUCCUUUAACUCUGUGGCAUCAUAUCAUAUUUUAACUGUUUGUGAGGGGAAGUUAUGUCUAAAGGGGUUUGAAAAUGAAACACAUAGAGGAAUGUUUUUUAAAAUUAUAAACCAAGUAGUACAAACAUAUACCUUUAGUUCACUUAAGUUUAAAUCACUAAGUUGUUCAGUUAAAGAAAUGUGUAAUUUUCCUUCUGUAAUCUGCAUUCAGUUUGGCCUCGCUUGUCCCCAAAAGUCUCCUGUGUUGAAAAAGAGACUGAUUUUAAUCUUUUAAUGUUUUCCUUGAAGACCCAGGAAAGAUUCUAACAUGUUUGGAGUCACAGCAAGUUUUAAAUAUUUCAAGAUUUUUACAAUCAGAAAGUUUAAAAAAAAGCAUAAAAGGUGCAGAUAUGUAUCUUGCCAGUGGCAGGUUAAAUUAUAUUUUUUUAACACUAUUUUCAAAACCAAGGCAGUGACUACUCAGUGGUCUACGAAACAACACUUUAUCUUUCAUAAAACAGCAUAUAUCUCAGGGGACAGACUUAAAACGUUUACUCACAUGGUCUCAUGUCUUUAUUUAAGAAAAAGCUGCCAUUUUAUUGAGUGUUUUACUUUAUUUCAGGAGAUCUACAAACAGCUUUAUUCAUCCUGCUUAGAGGUCCUAAUAAAGCAGAGUGCCUGUUCUUUCUCAGGCUGUGCUGUAUGGGACUUUACUCUGAGUGAAAGAAUAUUCACUCUCAGCUUAUGUUCUUUCAAAGUGCCUUUAACUACAAUUGCCAGCUGUUGGUUUUCUUUACUAACUCUGUUGUAAUUCACUCAGAAAAUGACACUUUUUUACGCAUUUAAUUCACAAUGAGCUCAAUAUAAUACACUUAAGUUUCAUCAGUUGAUUUUUUUUUUUCAUUUGAUUUUUUUCAUGUCAUGUUUACCAUCUAUACUGUUCUCUCUGUGACACGAUGAGUUUGAUUUUUGUGUGUUUAUCGUUGUUUUUUUUUAUAGCAAAGCAAUAAGGUCACUUUUGGAAACAACCAUUACUUAUUAGAGAAUGGGCUUAUCUAUGCUGCUUUUGUAGAGAUCUGUUUGGCAUUUCAGUGAGAUCUCUUCCAUUUUUCAAUGGUGCAAUUUUUAUGCAAAGCUUGUAUUUUCUCUACAGAGCUGCACAUUUGUGAGAAUUAUUUUAUAAAUUGUUUCAAACAAUAUUUUAUCUAUUAGAUAUACACGAUCUUUGAAAGGAACUCAAACAGGGACAGAUUUUUUUACAUGCUGUCUUUGAAGGAUUACUUUUGAGGAGUAAAUUGUACAUGAGUCAUCACUACACAUGCUCACUUUAAGUGGAAAUAGGACUGUAGAUAACAGCCGGUAAACAUGAAUAAAAUGUGAGAGUGACUAUG